AUGACCGCCCCAUCUCCCCAUCUCCAAUCCCCUUCCCACCCCGCUCCCACCUCGGCCGACCCCGAAAAGUCCGACCUCCAUCCCCUCCCCUCCCAAACCCCACCCACCCUCCCAACCUCUGCCUCUGCCUCCCUCUCUCAAAACCUACCAGCAGGCCUAGCCUACCUCGAGCAGGGCCGCGCGAUCCCGCUCACGGGCGAGCGGAAAGUGACGACAAAGUGGGAAUAUUGGGGGUACUGUAUCUUCUAUAUAGGAGCCAGCGGCGUAGGACCGUUCAACUUUGCAUCAGCGCAGUUCCAGAAUCUCUUGUACCAGGCUUUCCCGGAUGAGACUAUCAGGUGGGCGGGGAGUACCAAGACUUUGGAUGCGUUCAUCUUGGAUAUCAACGGAAUCACAUUCGCCAUCCAGACGCUCUGUUUCUUGCUCAUUGGGCCUUACUCGGAUUAUGGCAAUUGGCGGCCCUACAUCCUCAUCUUCUUCACGUUAAUCAGCUGGGCGGCCGGUUUCGCGUGGCUGGGUAUAGAGAGCGCAGAGAAGUGGAAAGCUGCUACGGCCGUUUACAUGCUGGGAUACUUCUCAUUCAAUGUAGCAGUCGGAUUCUACUUUGCCGCCUUCCCCGGCCUCGUACGUGAUAUGCCAAAGGUCAUCGAGAGUGAGCGAGAAGUGUUGGAAGGGCGGAAAGAUGCGGAAGAGCAUACAAAGUUGGAUAUGCUCGAACGAUCCAAGCUGUCCAACCUCUCCCUCAUCUUCUCCGCCGCCGGCGCCACCCUCAUCCUCGCCCUCGGCCUCUCCAUCCCCUUCUCCCUCAUCCCCUCCUCCUCCUCCGACCCCUCCUACACCACCCAAAACACCAAAACAUACUCCAUCCUCGUCGGGUACUUUACCGCCUUCUGGGUCAUCUGUGCCGUCCCGUGGUUCUGGAAAGAGCAGUACAGGCCCGGGCAGAAGGUGCCGCGCGGGGUGGGGUGGUGGACGGUCGGGGGGAGGCAGGUUUGGGAGGGGUGCAAGUGUGCGUGGCAGUUGAGGGAGACGAUGCUUUAUCUGGCAGCGUUCUUUUUGCUGAAUGAUGCGCUGAAUACAAGCGGCUCCGUGAUCGGUAUCCUCCAAAACAACGUAAUUCAAUUCGACACCAAGAAGUCCGUCGGGCUCUACAUGGUCGCUUUCGGUUCCGAAGCCAUCGGGAUCUUUGUGAUGAACUGGGUGCAGCAGAGGUGGGGAUUGUCGGCAAAGCUCAUGACUAUCGUCACUGGAGGAGCUAUCGUAUUCUUUAAUUUCUGGGGUUUGUUGGGAUUGUGGACGACAAAGAUUGGAUAUCAUAACGCUUGGGAAUUCUACGCUUGGCAGGCAUAUCUCGGUCUAGCUGUUGGAGGGUGGUAUACGUACUCGAAUACGAUGAUACCCGAGGUUGUCCCCGCGCCAAAGAUGUAUCUCUUCUUUGCGCUGUUCCAAAUCGUUGGCAAAACGUCGGCCUUCGUAGGCCCAUUCAUCGCCUCCGCCAUCAUCGACGACGCCGGUGGUAACACUUCGGCAUGUUUCUGGUUCUUGGUGUUUUCGGGUCUCGCGGGGGUGCUGUUGUUGUGCUUGGUGAAUCCGGAUACAGCCAAGAGGGAUUGUGCAAAGUAUUUGGAGAAGGAGGCGAGAGAUCUCUAUCGGGAGAAGGAGAGUGUUGUGUCGGAGGAAGGGGUGUGA